AACCCUACACUCCUACAGCGAAAGUCGUCCUUCCCCGAAACGACGCCGUUUCAUAGUAGCUUAAGCUCGCAUCAGGAGGUUUCACUUCUUUGUAUCGAAUUCAAGAAUCUUCCUGUGCAAUAACGAUGGCUAAGAGGUUCACAACACAGCUCUUCGUCAGCAGACUCUCUGGUUACACAACAGAUCAAUCGCUAAGGCAGCUAUUUUCACCCUUUGGUCAGAUUAAAGAAGCUCGUCUUAUUAAGGAUUCGCAAACACAGAGACCUAAAGGUUUCGGCUUUGUGACUUUUGAGUCUGAGGAUGAUGCACAAAAGGCCAUGAAAGCUUUGGAUGGCAAGAUUGUUGAUGGCAGAUUGAUAUUUGUAGAGGCUGCCAAGGACGUAGAAGCACCAACAACAAAGCUUGAUGAGAACACACACAGUCAUUACAAGACUAGUUAAGACUCUUCACCAAAAUCAUUGCAAUUCGAAAGAGUGAAUGUAGUUUCCUGAGUUAUUAUGGCACAGAUUUUAAGUUUCAGAUCAGUUGAAAACUCGAGAUUUAAUUCUGAUGUAGGUUGAGAAUAUUCAACUCUGAUGUUACAAAGGACAGACAAAAUCAACUUAAGACGUGUGUAUGUGACUAUAAAAGUAGUAAAACGUGUUGUUCGAAUCGAAUGUAUGCACUUGAAUUGUUUGUGUACAAGUUGUACAGUACAACCCCAAUUUUUCAUUGAAGAAUAUGCAGAAGAUAACCAUCACAAACAUUACAAGCAUCUUCAAAACAAGUUCAUUAGUAUCGAGAGUUGCAGAGGUGUUUACACUUACCGCGGCUGCUCUUUCACACACAUGAAGUGCAGUUCUCAUCUAGAUAGGAACCAAGUCCUUUAACUGUUCUACGCAAUACAAAUGAUCUAAACCUAACAGAUAAAUAUGAAAAUGGGAAUUAUAUGGGAACAUUUGAUAUUUUCUUUUUUAAGAUUGAAAUGUUUUCUAAACUUAAUUAAAGUGUACAAUAAACGAUUUGCGAUAGAUUAUAGGCAGAGAUUUGCAAGAUUUUAUAAAUUAUAACUUAGAACAAUGGAUCUGAGGAGGAAUCAAACCCAAAUUACAUAAUUAAAAAAAAAAAAAAACUAGAAAUUUCUACAUAUGCAUUCACGAAACUCAACAAAACGCAUACAAA